AUGUCCUUAUGGGUGCCUUCAUCUGUCUUUAUGCAUGUUCAUCCCCUCCCCACCAUCCCAGUCGCGCCCAUCACCAUCUGGAUACUGCUGGGGAGAAUGCUCACUCUCAUCAUCGUAUACUCAAGACCCUUCUUCCCCUCUGUCUUCUCCGCUAUCAACCUCCUCGCCUAUGGAACCUUCCUGUUCCUCCUCCGCUACCGCGUCUCAGCGUUGCUCGGUGCAAUGGUUCACGCCUCUGUUGCUGUUGUCUUCCCACUCUACUUCCUCACAUACCACACUGAUCCCGGAUUCAUACCCAAGGGCGAGCCCCCACCGAGUUAUGGGGCACAUAUUUCCAGCAGUGAGGGGCAGCGCGGGGAGGGGGCGGGAGGAGUGCAGCCCAAUGGGUGUGGGAUGGCAGAUGGUGGAAGUGUGAGAGGGGGAGGCGGUGAGGUGGCAGCGCAGCAGCAGGGAAAGCAGGAGUUGGGACAGGGGCAGGGGCAGGGGCAGGGGCAGGGGCAGGGGCAGGGGCAGUUGAAUGAGGAGCAGUGGCAAAGCUAG